AUGCAAGCAAUCAAGUCAUUGUUUAUUCCGAUGUUACUGCUAAUGGAUGUUGCUUAUUGGACUGGUGAUCACGAUACUGUUUCUCUGCAUCAUGCUUAUCUUGCAAGUCUGCCUGCUAAUCAAUACGAUCCCAACACUUUCUGGCAAGCUAUGAAGUGUCCUGAAUCUGAUUUAUGGCGUAAUUCUACUGAUAAUGAAUAUAAAGCAUUGGUUUCAAAUGAGCUUUUUUGA